GUUGCAGGGAUGCGGCGGCGGGAGCAGCCGCCCUGACUCUCAGAGCAUCUUCCUCGGAGCGGCACCGCGGCGGGGCGGGCGGGGACGCGGCGGGGACCGAGAGGCGUGAGGUGGCCGAUAUCGCUGGCCUCGUAUCUGUCACCUGCUGGAGACCAGGCGGUCUCGAGACUCUGAUCCCCACCCUUCAGCUCCUGGCGCCCCCAGAACCAGGCGUCCCUCCCCCACCUUCCAUCCGAGCCCGCCGCGGGGGAGGGGCUCCACCACCACCGCCGCCGCCGUUGCCUUCCGGGGACUUGGGCACUUGAGCCCCGGCGGCUGGGUCCAUGGCACUGUGAGUCGGCGAGGGAGCCCCGCUCCGCGCGAGGGGCGCCCGGCCCCCUCCCCGCCCCAUGCGCCCGCGGCUCUGAAGCCUGAGCGGGGCCGGGGGCCGGGCGGCGUCGGGGCCGCCGGAGGCAUGGCGCUCGGGAGUCGGUGGCGACCGCCACCCCAGCUGUCGCUGCUGUUGCUGCUGGCGCUGGCGACGGACGUCCGUGGUUUGGAGUUCGGCGGCGGCCCCGGGCAGUGGGCUCGUUACGCGCGCUGGGCGGGCGCGGCGAGCAGCGGCGAGCUCAGCUUCAGCCUGCGCACUAACGCCACGCGCGCGCUGCUUCUCUACCUGGACGACGGCGGCGACUGCGACUUCCUGGAGCUAUUGCUGGUGGACGGGCGCCUGCGGCUGCGCUUCACGCUGUCUUGCGCCGAGCCCGCCACGCUGCAGCUGGACACGCCGGUGGCCGACGACCGCUGGCACAUGGUGCUGCUGACCCGCGACGCGCGGCGUACGGCGCUGGCGGUGGACGGCGAGGCCCGCGCCGCCGAGGUGCGCUCCAAGCGGCGUGAGAUGCAGGUGGCCAGCGACCUGUUCGUGGGUGGUAUCCCACCCGACGUGCGCCUAUCUGCGCUCACGCUCAGCACCGUCAAGUACGAGCCACCUUUCCGCGGCCUCCUGGCCAACCUGAAGCUGGGCGAGCGGCCACCGGCUCUGCUGGGCAGCCAGGGUCUGCGGGGCGCGGCUGCCGACCCCCUGUGCGCUCCUGCGCGCAAUCCCUGCGCCAACGGUGGCCUCUGUACCGUGCUAGCCCCCGGCGAGGUGGGCUGCGACUGCAGCCAUACUGGCUUCGGCGGCAAGUUCUGCAGUGAAGAGGAACACCCUAUGGAAGGUCCGGCUCACCUGACGUUAAACAGCGAAGUAGGGUCCUUACUGUUCUCCGAGGGGGGGGCCGGGAGAGGAGGAGCCGGCGAUGUGCACCAGCCGACGAAAGGCAAGGAGGAAUUUGUGGCAACCUUCAAGGGCAAUGAGUUCUUCUGCUACGACCUGUCACACAACCCGAUCCAGAGCAGCACUGACGAGAUCACACUGGCCUUCCGCACCCUGCAGCGCAACGGGCUGAUGCUGCACACGGGCAAGUCGGCCGACUACGUCAACCUGUCCCUCAAGUCCGGGGCUGUCUGGCUGGUCAUCAACUUAGGCUCGGGUGCCUUCGAGGCCCUUGUGGAACCCGUCAAUGGCAAGUUCAACGACAACGCCUGGCACGACGUCCGGGUUACCCGAAACCUGCGCCAGCACGCAGGGAUUGGACACGCUAUGGUAAACAAACUGCAUUAUCUGGUGACCAUCUCGGUGGACGGCAUCCUGACCACCACAGGCUACACACAGGAGGACUACACCAUGCUGGGCUCUGAUGACUUCUUCUACAUUGGGGGCAGCCCCAACACAGCCGACCUGCCUGGCUCGCCUGUCAGCAACAACUUCAUGGGCUGCCUCAAGGACGUGGUCUACAAGAACAAUGACUUCAAGCUGGAGCUGUCCCGCCUGGCUAAGGAAGGGGACCCGAAGAUGAAGCUGCAGGGGGAUUUGUCUUUUCGUUGUGAGGAUGUGGCUGCCCUGGAUCCUGUGACCUUUGAGAGUCCCGAGGCCUUUGUUGCACUGCCCCGCUGGAGCGCCAAGCGCACUGGCUCCAUCUCCCUGGACUUCCGAACCACUGAGCCCAAUGGGUUGCUGCUCUUCAGCCAGGGCCGGCGGGCUGGGGCCGGGGUAGGCAGCCACAGCUCUGCCCAGAGGGCUGACUACUUUGCCAUGGAGCUGUUGGACGGUUACCUCUAUCUUCUGCUGGACAUGGGCUCUGGGGGCAUCAAGCUGCGGGCGUCCAGCCGCAAGGUCAAUGACGGUGAAUGGUGCCACGUGGACUUCCAGAGGGAUGGGCGCAAAGGCUCAAUCUCUGUGAACAGCCGCAGCACGCCAUUCUUGGCAACGGGAGAGAGCGAGGUCCUGGACCUGGAGAGUGAGCUGUACCUGGGCGGCCUCCCUGAGGGUGGCCGGGUGGACCUGCCACUGCCUCCUGAGGUGUGGACAGCUGCUCUGCGGGCUGGCUAUGUGGGCUGUGUUCGAGACCUCUUCAUAGAUGGACGGAGUCGAGACCUCCGGGGCCUGGCGGAGGCCCAGGGGGCUGCGGGUGUUGCCCCCUUCUGCUCCCGGGAGACGCUGAAGCAGUGUGCGUCAGCCCCGUGCCGAAAUGGAGGUGUCUGUCGAGAAGGCUGGAACCGGUUCGUCUGUGACUGCAUCGGGACCGGCUUUCUGGGUCGGGUCUGUGAGAGAGAGGCCACUGUCCUAAGCUAUGAUGGCUCCAUGUACAUGAAGAUCAUGCUGCCCAAUGCCAUGCACACGGAGGCAGAAGAUGUGUCCCUGCGUUUCAUGUCCCAGAGGGCCUAUGGACUCAUGAUGGCCACCACCUCCAGGGAGUCAGCUGACACGCUGCGCCUCGAGCUGGACGGGGGGCAAGCGAAGCUCACCGUCAACCUCGACUGCCUGCGCGUCGGCUGCGCACCUAGUGCUGCAGGUAAAGGCCCCGAGACACUCUUUGCGGGGCACAAGCUGAACGACAAUGAGUGGCACACAGUGAGGGUGGUGCGGCGUGGCAAGAGCCUGCAGCUGUCUGUGGACAACGUGACUGUGGAGGGACAGAUGGCAGGAGCCCACACUCGGCUGGAGUUCCACAACAUUGAGACGGGCAUCAUGACAGAACGGCGGUUCAUCUCUGUGGUGCCCUCCAACUUCAUCGGGCACCUGAGUGGGCUGGUGUUCAACGGCCAGCCCUACAUGGACCAGUGCAAGGACGGGGAUAUCACCUAUUGUGAGCUUAAUGCUCGGUUUGGUCUGCGUGCCAUUGUGGCCGAUCCUGUCACCUUCAAGAGUCGUAGCAGCUACCUGGCUUUGGCUACGCUGCAGGCUUACGCCUCCAUGCACCUCUUCUUCCAGUUCAAGACCACAGCCCCGGAUGGGCUUCUGCUGUUCAACUCGGGCAACGGCAAUGACUUCAUUGUCAUCGAGCUGGUCAAGGGGUACAUCCACUACGUGUUUGACCUGGGGAAUGGCCCGUCCUUGAUGAAGGGAAACUCAGACAAACCGGUCAAUGACAACCAGUGGCACAAUGUGGUGGUGUCCAGGGACCCAGGCAACGUGCACACGCUGAAGAUCGACUCCCGCACUGUCACGCAGCACUCCAACGGUGCCCGCAAUCUGGAUCUUAAAGGGGAGUUGUACAUCGGUGGCCUGAGCAAGAAUAUGUUCAGCAACCUGCCCAAGCUGGUGGCCUCUCGGGAUGGCUUUCAGGGCUGCCUGGCCUCUGUGGACCUCAACGGGCGCCUCCCAGACCUCAUUGCUGAUGCCCUGCACCGCAUCGGGCAGGUGGAGAGAGGCUGUGAUGGCCCCAGCACCACCUGCACCGAAGAGUCUUGUGCCAACCAGGGCGUCUGUCUGCAGCAGUGGGAUGGCUUUACCUGUGACUGUACCAUGACUUCCUAUGGAGGCCCUGUCUGCAAUGACCCUGGGACCACAUACAUCUUUGGGAAGGGGGGAGCGCUUAUCACCUACACAUGGCCCCCGAAUGACCGGCCCAGCACGAGGAUGGACCGCCUGGCUGUGGGCUUCAGCACCCAUCAGCGGAGCGCCGUACUGGUGCGAGUGGACAGCGCCUCCGGCCUUGGGGACUACCUGCAGCUGCACAUUGACCAGGGCACUGUUGGGGUGAUUUUUAAUGUGGGCACCGACGACAUUACCAUUGAUGAGCCCAACGCCAUCGUGAGUGACGGCAAAUAUCACGUGGUGCGAUUUACUCGAAGUGGUGGCAAUGCCACCCUGCAGGUGGACAGCUGGCCAGUCAACGAACGGUACCCAGCAGGAAACUUUGAUAACGAGCGCCUGGCGAUUGCUAGACAGAGAAUCCCCUACCGGCUUGGUCGAGUAGUAGAUGAGUGGCUGCUCGACAAAGGACGCCAGCUGACCAUCUUCAACAGCCAGGCUGCCAUCAAGAUUGGGGGCCGGGAUCAGGGCCGCCCCUUCCAGGGCCAGGUGUCCGGCCUCUACUACAAUGGGCUCAAGGUACUGGCGCUGGCCGCCGAGAGCGACCCCAACGUGCGGACCGAAGGCCACCUACGCCUAGUAGGAGAGGGGCCAUCCGUGCUGCUCAGUGCGGAGACCACUGCCACCACCCUGCUGGCUGACAUGGCCACCACCAUCAUGGAGACCACCACCACCAUGGCCACCACCACCACUCGCCGGGGCCGCUCCCCCACAAUGAGGGACAGCACCACCCAGAACACAGAUGACCUCCUGGUGGCCUCGGCUGAGUGUCCAAGCGAUGAUGAGGACCUGGAGGAGUGUGAGCCUAGUACUGGAGGAGAGUUAAUAUUGCCCAUUAUCACGGAGGACUCCUUAGACCCCCCUCCCGUGGCCACCCGGUCCCCCUUCGUGCCCCCGCCCCCCACCUUCUACCCUUUUCUCACGGGCGUGGGUGCCACUCAAGACACCCUGCCCCCGCCCGCCGCGCGCCGCCCGUCCUCGGGGGGCCCGUGCCAGGCUGAGCGCGACGACAGCGACUGCGAGGAGCCCGUGGAGGCCUCGGGCUUCGCCUCUGGGGAGGUCUUUGACUCCAGUCUCCCCCCCACGGACGACGAGGACUUUUACACCACUUUCCCCUUGGUCACGGACCGCACCACCCUCCUGUCGCCCCGCAAGCCUGUGCCCCGACCCAACCUCAGGACAGAUGGGGCCACGGGCGCCCCCGGGGUGCUACUUGCGCCCUCCGCCCCAGCCCCCAACCUGCCUGCGGGCAAAAUGAACCACCGAGACCCGCUGCAGCCACUGCUGGAGAACCCACCCCUGGGGCCCGGGGUCCCCACGGCCUUCGAGCCGCGGCGACCGCCUCCCCUGCGCCCUGGCGUGACCUCAGCCCCCGGUUUCCCCCGUUUGCCCACAGCCAACCCUACGGGGCCGGGAGAACGCGGCCCCCCGGGCGCGGUGGAGGUGAUCCGCGAAUCCAGCAGCACCACGGGCAUGGUGGUGGGCAUCGUGGCGGCGGCGGCGCUCUGCAUCCUCAUCCUUCUCUAUGCCAUGUACAAGUACCGCAACCGGGACGAGGGCUCCUACCAAGUGGACCAGAGUCGGAAUUACAUCAGUAACUCGGCCCAGAGCAAUGGGGCGGUGGUGAAAGAGAAGGCCCCUGCUGCCCCCAAGACGCCCAGCAAGGCCAAGAAGAACAAAGACAAGGAGUAUUACGUCUGAGCACCCAGUCCAGGCACCGCGCCCCACUGCCAACUGCUCUUCCCGGGAGGGCCCGGGAGGAGGGUGCGGCCCUCUCCCUGCAGGGGGACCUGGAGACCCUCUCCCUGGCUGCCUCAGGCUUCUCCCACGAAGAGGAAACGCAAAAAAGAAAAGGAAUAUAACUGUGUGCUCAUCCCCUUCCCUCCCGCUGCCCGCGGCGCCGCACUUCAGCUCUGGGGCUGGCUGUCCUUCUCAGCUCUGCGCCAUCAAGGCAGGGCACGUGCUCACAGCCCUGGGUUGAUUUAUUUUUUUAAGGGGGGUAGUUUUAUUUUGGUGGGGCUGGGCGGGAAGGAAGGCUGGGUUUUUGUAAAGUGUCCACUGCGCCGUUUGUUUAUUUCUCUCGGAUUUUUUCCUUUCUCCCUGUUCCUCUGGCCUUCCUUCUCCUUCCCAGCCCUUCUGUCCUGGUUCAGGCUUGCUGUGUUUCUUGUCCCUACCCUCCUUCUCACCCUCUCCUUCUUUCUUUUUCUUUUUUAAAAUCCUUUUUUUUCUUUCUUUUCU